AUGCCGCCAUAUGCUGCUGAACUCGAAACCUGGUGGUUAGGGAUAGGCUACGAAGCCCUUAAACAACUGGUCAACGAUGAAUCAGAUGAUCUCAACUCUCGACAGUGUGGCUUUGCGCAGCAGAUGCAAACGAGGCUUUUGGCAUUCGAUAACGACCAAACCAUUCAAGCCUCCCUUCAAACAACCUGGCCAGCGAUCCGUGCAGCAAGAGGAGUUGACUAUGACGCGAAUAGUCGCAAGAAUUCCAAGUACAUAGCUUCCAAUAUCUUCCGGAAGCCCCCUGAUGGAGGUAUUGACUUUGAACGCGCCAUGGAUGGCCUUGGCUACCUCGAUGCCAUCGAAAUUCGUCGCCUUCGCCUCCUUGAAGCCACCCAUGCUGCCAUGGAGACCAUCUCACCGACAGAAAGUCAACUCCAAAUGCUCCAAGAGCUUGAUAGAACUUCUACCGCAAACUUUCGGCUUCUACACGCCGGUUUCAGAGCCUGUAUCCUUAUUGAAGAAUUGACGAGAGACUCCGAGUGCAGGAAGGAGAUCCCUCAAAUUAUGGGAAUGUUCAAUGCUCUUGUGCCUUCAGAUGUGUUUCUCGAAGACGAAGAUGAUGUCGAUCCAACCCCACACUCACCGGGUCUUCGCGACAGUGUUCGGUUUUCUGUCUUUGAGCACCUGAUGUCCGAUCACCCCUUCUCCCCUCAGCAGCAAGAAGUCAUUAAAAUGAAGCUGUCUGGCUGGUGUGAGGUCCCAGGGUAUCCUCAAGCCAGAGAUGCUAUGGUGAGAUAUUGUGAAGAGUUCAAGAAGAUAGAAGCAAAUGCAACCCAGGGCGCGAGCGCUAUUUUCACAACUGCGACUUCAAACGACAACCAGGACUCUGCGCCAACAACACCCUUAAGCCCAUGGGUUCUAUCGACUUCGCAUCCUCUACUAAAAGGAAUGCCUGGAAGAGAAAUGAGUCCAGCUAAAACGGACGGUGCUCUUUUUUCUCAAGAUCUCAGCGCACCACCCGUCCUGUCCUAUCCUGAUAAUCUCUCCAAAACAGAGUUUUUUCAGCACCCAUUCACCCGAAAGCUCGACAUGUCGCCGUACGAUCCCGACAGCGACGAUGAGGGUAGCGACAUGCCACCUGUGCCCCCCUUACCACACAUUCCCGAGAGACUCAAAGCACAUCUCACACCCAGCGUUUUGGACAAGAUCAAAAAGAGAAUGCGCUAUCAGUCUGAUAAAUCCGAAAGGACAGACCAAAGUGUUGUGCCGUCCCAGGCACUGGACCAGCAUGUGGGCACUUCUACUACACGCAAGUCAAGUGAUAGAAAGCGCUGGCCGUCGCUCAAAGCAAACAUCUCAGAGCCAAUAUCUAUCAUAGGCCUAUUUCCGGGGAGUCUGGGCUUUGAAACCAACAGCUAUGAGGCCCCUAAUAUAUUUUCGAGCCCAUUACAGAGUCCCAAAUCACCCCCGAGACAGAUCACCAUGGGAGGAAGUACCCUCCGGCCUUUUCACAGAAGGGGUAGAAGUAUUGGAUUGAGUUGCCAACUUACGAAACCACGUCUAUCACCUAUGGAGUACUGUCGAAUGUACCUGAUGGAGAAGCACUUAUCCGACUGCGAAGAUCGACCAUGUGAACUCCCACCCCCCUACAAACACUGGUUCUGGACGAACCACUACAAGCAAUUUCUGGUAAUACCACAAAUACCAAAAGGAAUCCGGCGUGAUUUGGAGCCUAUGGCUUUUGGAUUCAAUGUAGAAAGCACUGCCGCAGAUGGAUAUGCUGCUGAUUCUGAUGGGGAAUCAGUAUCAACUGUAAGGCCAGAAACUUACGCCAAUGGGCCCAUGCGUCUAUCACUUCACUUAGGUGGCGAGCCGAUCAUUCUACCCUCAUUCAUGGAUACCUUGCGUUUCAACAUAAGUAAUGCUCAGGCCAGAAAGGCCUCAGAGUUGGACAAAGAAGCCGGGGAUGGCGGUGAAGGCGCUGAACCUGGAGAUAAGGAUAUGGUUGUGCCACGUAGAGUGCCAGCCGGGGGCGAGGUCGAAGAUUGGCGGCCUAUGAGUGAAUAUGAACCAGACGAGAACGACAAGAUAGCAAGUGCCGGCACACCAAUUGGACCUUCUGGAGACAAUGAUUCGACUGAGGACUUAGACAAGACCAAGAAGGGCACGGGGACUGCGGCUCACUUCGCAUACUUCGACGAUGCAAUUACCCUUCAAGAUCAGCGAACACCAUGUUUGCCCGACGCGGGCACCCCUUUUACGUGUGAGAGUGUCAGGGAGAAUGAUCUGAUAGGCCACCCAGAUCAAGCUGAUAGACAAGUGUACAACAACACUGGUAGCUUCAGGCUUUCGAGGCAGUUAUCCCGUAUAUGUAAAGACGAAAUGUCUGUUUUUGAUUUUGCCACCCCAAGGCCUAGAGGCAAGACUGUUGGCUGCACUCCCCAGCCGCUGGCAACAACAGAUACACAGAGUCCCCUUGCUCGUUUCCCUAUCGCAGUUCAGCCAACUCAUCGACUGACUCCAGGAACACUUACAAAACGUGUUGUUGGUGACUCUGGCGGUAAAAUCCUCUUUGAAGAUACCCGACAAGCAAGAUUAAUCCCAAGUCCUGGUGAUAAGUAUCACCAAGGGCUUUCUGCGGACCUAUGGGAGGCCGACACAGAAUCAAUCAUCUCUGAACUCCAACCAAGUCCCUUGCAUAUCAACCGCCGGAAACAUAGGGCUACCACUGAUGAAUCUGACCGUAGAUGCCCAAGAUUGUUUGAUAGGGGGUAUGCUGAUCCGCCUACCACACUUGAGAUGCUUAGGAUCAGCGCCCCACCUGAGCGAAACGAUCCCUUCGAUCGCUUCGGAGAUGAAGAUGAUGCUCUGACAGAAGGAGAUCGUACGCCUCGUGGGCUAGGACAACAAGAGCAAGGCCUCCUACAGGCAACACCUGCGCCAAGAGGCCUUCAACGUUCGGCUUCCACAAUUGUCACCCCAACACAGUCUAUGAAAAGGCUCGAACACAAAGCAUCCUUCAACCUGGAAGCCAUGGCGCAAUCAGGUUUCACCCCGGAGCAUCGUAGGGAAAGCAUUUCGAAGGAUACAUUUCCCGGGUCUGGCAUAAUGCUCAACCUCCAGAGCACUCAGGAACGUCUUAAAUGCCCUCCUCAAGAUUCUGAUGGAAUUGAAAUGAGUACACGCAUAACAGAGAAGAUCCCCAAAGCAAGACGCUUGCCCGAUUUGCCGGACUCUGGGAGGCAUGAACGCGCUUUUGCUCCAAAAGAAUGGAUGAGGGCUUUGGCAACUACACCCCGAAAGUCCAGAACCAUGCCGCGAAACGACGGACGAAUUGAGACGCAUGGGGAGGCUUCUUCUGGGGUAAACUGGCGAAAGACUUUGUUUCAGCCAAGUGCGACCAUGGAUGACGGAGAUGUUGAGCGUUCAACAUUGGCCAUUACGCGAGACUUCUCGCAGCCUCAGAAGCUCCAAAAGCCGGCAUCGCGAGCGAGACUUACUCCCAGCAGCACUUACCGUCCAUCAAACCAGCAGCUCGAUCAGUCAACUCGAACCUCGUCCUUGAUGCCUCCCGGAAGCGAGGCAGACGUUCCCGAGCGAAGAACCCCAUCACCCACCGCAUCACAAACCACUGUCGUUCCACGAACACCAUCCUCCAGCAUCAGCAGUAUCUUUCGAAAGCGUAUACGUUCGGACUACAAUCCCCCAGCAACUCCCCGAACGCCGGCUGAGCCCACCUUGGCAUGGUCCCCGUUUGUUAACUGCGAACCCGAACCACCUUGCGCGUCGCCAUGGGUCUCGGGUAAUGGCGAAGGGAAGAGAGAGAAAGAAAAACGAGCGGCAUACUUCCGGGACAAGGUCGAGCGUGAGUUUCAGAAUAGACAAUCGCCAAAGAGAUAUAGUCGUAAGGACUCCCUCGAAAGUGCGGCUAAUGGGGACUCUGUUCAAAACAACGUCGCUACCGAUAAUAGGACGAGUAAAGAGAGUCUUAUACAAUGGAAGCAGUUCCUCGAAGAUGCCCCGGAACCGCUAUUCUCAUCACCUACGCCGCCUGUGCCGCCUCUUCCUUCUGAGUCUCAGCUAAACAUCGCACUCGAUCGACCUCCCAGACAGACACAAACCACUACUGAGGCAACCGCGCGGGUUGAAAAGAUUCCAGCUGCUGCAUAUCGAGACAAGAAACCCCAGGGAUUAACAGUAGAGACACGUAAGCUACGUAAAGCAAUGCGUGAGGGGGCACAGACCCCAAGUAGAAACAAGUCGACGACGCCCGCCAGCGGAAGCAGCUUCAGGUCUACGUUUCGUUUGGAGGGAAGACGAAUGAGCUUUGGACGACCAGCGGCCGACCAUGAGUCCCAGGGUAAAGGGCGAGAAACCGAGACUUUUCCAAGAUGCAAGUGA